GGCUGGGUUUGUGUGGACGUCACUGACGUUUUCUUCUUCUUCUCUCUCUCUCUUUCCUCACCUUCCCCUUAUCGUUUUUUUGUUCCACCACAUCUCUCUCCUUCCUUCCUUCUGCGCUCCCUCUCUCUCUGCACCGCCCACUCCUUCCCAACCAUUGAUCCGACCACUCACCGCCGCCUCGCCGGCUUCUUCGCCUCAUUGCGCUUCUCCACAUUUUUUUAAGGCAGAGAAAACAGGCACAUUUUGGGACCAAAUUAGAAAAAUAAGAAACAAAAAAAACAGAAAUAAGACGCAACCAUGGCGAGCACGGAGGACAAAGCGGCCACCAACAAGGAGAACGCGUCCAGCUGGAAGGAUACCUUCUACAACCCGAGGACCGGGGAGGUGCUGGGUCGCACGGCCAGCAGCUGGGCCCUCAUCCUGUUGUUCUACUUGGUUUUCUACUGUUUCUUGGCUGGUAUGUUUGCCCUGACCAUGUGGGUGAUGCUGCUCACGCUGGAUGACUAUGUGCCGAGGUACAGAGACCGCGUUCCUUAUCCAGGGCUGGUGAUUCGUCCGAGUUCACUGGACAUGAUAGUCAACAAAUCGGAGCCGCUCAAGUAUGCGGAGUACGUCAAGCAACUGGAGCUCUUCCUGCAAAGAUAUAACGACACAGAGCAGGAGACAAACAAGGAGUGCAUUUCAGGAAACUAUUUUCUGCAGGACAAUGCCGAGCAAAUGGAAAAGAAAGUUUGCCGCUUCAAGAGAGACUCCCUGAGUUUUUGCUCCGGCCUCUCUGACACCAACUUUGGAUAUUCUGAGGGAAGGCCGUGUGUGCUGCUGAAACUGAACAGGAUCAUUGGCCUGAUGCCCCGUGGGAAUCCAUAUAUCAACUGCACAGUAAAAAAAGACAGCCAGAUUCAAAUGCAGUAUUUCCCCAGCGAAGGACUCAUUGAUAAGAUGUAUUUCCCCUACUACGGCAAGAAAGCUCACGAGAAUUACGUGCAGCCCCUGGUGGCCGUGAAGCUGCUGCUCAACAAGGAGGACUACAACAAGGAGCUGGCAGUGGAGUGCAGGGUAGAGGGCUCUGACCUCCGCAACAACGACGAGCGGGAUAAGUUCCUGGGCCGCAUCACCUUCAGGAUCACGGUGGUGGAGUAAAGGAGGAGACGGCCCCCGUGAAGGGAAACCCCAGCUGCAGAGGCUGCCCAUGUUUGAUAAAGAUGUUUUCGGUUUUUUUAAAGGAAGGAAGGGUCAAACUGAGUCACAAAGACUGCAUUUGGGGAUGGUGCCAAAAUAUUUAAUGCAGAUUAGUUUGGCUUUUGGUAAAGACAGAUAUUAAAUGUUCCUUUGAUGACAUUUCUGACUCUUCUUUCCUUCACGAUUCGUUGCUGACCUCCUCAAAGAUUCCCAGAACAAGACACUGGCUCUGCCCCUAUCCAUCCACCCAUCCAUCCAUCCUUUUUUUUUUUUAUUCACCUGUUGCACUUUUCAUCAGUAUUUAUUUUUUCUAGUAUUGAUGUGAUUAGAUAAAUUAUCGCCAUUGCUACCAAGCCAUUUGGGGGUAUUGUGUAGUUGCUGGUUCAAUUUUCUUUGUAUGUUUUUUUUGUUGUUGUUGUUUUUUUUUUUUGAUUUUCCAGGAAGAGAGAGUGUUGUUUUCAUCUCUCCAUCCUGUGUGAACGACUGUAUUAUUGCUGAUUUGGAGAGGAUUUUUAUCUUGCUGUAUAUUGUAAUUGAGAGCAUAGAACUUUCCCAACACAUUUCCCCAGAGUAUUCACAUUUUAUCACAUCACAGAGAUUUCAUAGGAUCGUUCCUUGAUAAUCAAGUAUAGCUACUGUAUCCCUGUAUAUGAAUUGCCAAUUACAAAGUUUCCCUUUCAACAUAUAAAUACAUUGUGAUCCUGACCAUAUUUAGGGAAUUAUAGAUAGAUCUUUGUGUUGUGGUCUCCGUAGCCACAACCCAGUCUUGUGCUGUGUGUCUGUCUGCAUGUCUGUCUGUCUGUCCGUCCGUCUGUCCGUCUUCCUGUCUACUCACCUCUCCACUGCAAUAGCCACUAUGUGCGUGAGCCCUCCAGGACUAUAGAUGCGUUGUCUCGCUUCACUGCGCACGGUGCUGUGAACUGAUGAUGGCUGAAGCGACACACACACACACACACACAAACACACCCACACACAUACACAAACACACAAACACAGAGAGAGAAUGGUACAGUGUAAAAAAAAAAUGCUUUUAAAGCGGAGAGGUGCUGGAAAAGCGUUGCAAAAAUGAAAAAAAAAGUUCACUGUAACUAUGUACUGUAUAUCUUAUACGUGAUCUGUAUAUCUAUCUGGGUCUCAAAGAUUGUUUGUUAGUUUUCUCUCUUCAGCCUGUUGAUCUGAUUGUCUGCCAAUCUAUUACUCUUCAAUGUAUAUAUAUAAACACUAUCUACCAUAUUUACUUAAUUCACACUGUAUUUUUGUCACGAAACACAAUGUCUGUGCACUGUAAAGAAAUCAUUUAAGUAAAGAUUUACAGGAAAUUAUCUUAUUCAAAGCUAUGUUUACACAGUCUUAAAAGGAACCUGCAUUUGAAAGAACAACUUGUAACAUCUCUUCAGGGUGCCUUAAGACCCGCUGAAAUAAAUUGUGGAAUAAAAGUGAUUUUGAAGAAAAA